AAAGAGAAACUGAAACUUAACGGUCAUUUUAAAAACGGAGGAGAAAGAAUCCCCAGGAAAAAUGGAAUUAAAUUAAAUGUAAAAAACGGAGUAAACAGUCUGUUGUGGAGUGGAAUUGAGGUCUGCCAAUUUGGGUCAGAACCCACUUGUGAAUCUGAUCUGGUGUGUUCAGGUGUCCUGAGACAGGGGGCGCUGUUUCUAAAAUGAGUUCCUCAGAGGAGACCGAGACUGACGAUGGAACCCACGGCCCUGCGAGAAAGAGGGUCCGGGUAGAUAGGGCUGGUUCAUCUGUAAAUGGCUGUCUGUCUAUGAAGAGUGACCGUUCAAUGCAUCGUCCAAUCAACUUCAGAAGAGGGUUCACAGGUGAUCAAAGGGUCCGGGUAGAUAGGGCUGGGUCAUCUGUACAUGGCUGUCUGUCUAUGAAGAGUGACCGUUCAAUGCAUCGUCCAAUCAACUUCAGAAGAGGGUUCACAGGUGAUCAAAGGGUCCGGGUAGAUAGGGCUGGGUCCCCUGUACAUGGCUGUCUGUCUAUGAAGAGUGACCGUUCAAUGCAUCGUCCAAUCAACUUCAAAAGAGGGUUCACAGGUGAUCAAAGGGUCCAGGUAGAUAGGGCUGGGUCAUCUGUACAUGGCUGUCUGUCUAUGAAGAGUGACCGUUCAAUGCAUCGUCCAAUCAACUUCAGAAGAGGGUUCACAGGUGAUCAAAGGGUCCGGGUAGAUAGGGCUGGGUCAUCUGUACAUGGCUGUCUGUCUAUGAAGAGUGACCGUUCAAUGCAUCGUCCAAUCAACUUCAGAAGAGGGUUCACAGGUGAUCAAAGGGUCCGGGUAGAUAGGGCUGGGUCAUCUGUACAUGGCUGUCUGUCUAUGAAGAGUGACCGUUCAAUGCAUCGUCCAAUCAACUUCAGAAGAGGGUUCACAGGUGAUCAAAGGGUUCGGGUAGAGAGGGCAGGGUCACCUGUACCCAGCUGUCUGUCUAUGAAGAGUGAUCAUUCAAUGCCUCAUCCAGUCAACUUCAGAGGAGAGUUGACAGGUGAUCAAAGGGUUCGGGUAGAGAGGGCAGGGUCACCUGUACCCAGCUGUCUGUCUAUGAAGAGUGAUCAUUCAAUGCCUCAUCCAGUCAACUUCAGAGGAGAGUUGACAGGUGAUCAAAGAGUCCGGGUAAAGAGGGCAGGGUCACCUGUACCCAGCUGUCUGUCUAUGAAGAGUGAUCAUUCAAUGCAUCUUCCAACCAACUUCAGAGGAGAGUUCACAGGUGAUCAAAGAGUCCGGGUAAAGAGGUCAGGGUCACCUGUACCCAGCUGUCUGUCUAUGAAGAGUGAUCAUUCAAUGCAUCUUCCAAACAACUUCAGAGGAGAGUUCACAGGUGAUCAAAGGGUCCGGGUAAAGAGGGCAGGGUCACCUGUACCCAGCACCCUGCCUAUGAAGAGUGACCCUUCAAUGCAUCAUCCAAUGUACUUCAGUGGAGAGUUCACAGGUGAUCAAAGGGUCCAGGUAGAGAGGGCAGGGUCACCUGUACCCAGCUGUCUGUCUAUGAAGAGUGAUCAUUCAAUGCAUCUUCCAGACAACUUCAGAGGAGAGUUCACAGGUGAUCAAAGGAUUCCCUGCGCACUGUAUUCAUGUCGUUUAGACAAGGAGAGUUCAGAGAAACUUUCCCACUUAAAACAGUCUCUCCUGCGCACUCUGAUGAAGCUGAAGAAGACUGAAAAGUUGAAACUGUUUCAGAGCCAUCUGAGUCAGGGUUGCCCAGAAUGCUUUAAUAGUCUUCCUGAAGAUCCUUCUGUACUGGAUACGUUCAUGAAGAUGAAGGAAUUGUUCAAGAGUCGUCAAAUUGCUGAUUACCCAGAAUGCACUGAGAGAGGGCAGGAGGAUCCUGAGGCCCUGUACAUAGUUGAGAAGAUGCUGGAGACCUGUGGCAUUGAGGGGUCUCUGAAGAUCACACUCCAUAUCCUGAGGAACAUGAAGAAGAAGGAUGUCACUGACCCACUGGAGAGAGAUGAGCAGCACAAUGAAUUCAAAGAAAGAGCCCAGCAGGCACUGAAAACUCAUCUGAAGAAGAGGUUUGAAUGCAUAUUUGAAGGUUUAGCAAAGCAGGGCCACCAAACCCUCCUCAAUGAGAUCUAUACAGAGCUCUACAUCACAGAGGGGGGAAGUAGGGGGGUCAAUGAUGAACAUGAGAUCAGACAGAUUGAGAUGGCAUCGAAGAGACAAACCACACAUGAGACUGCAAUCAUCUGCAAUGACAUCUUUAAGCCUUCACCUAGACAAGAGAAACCAAUCAGAACCGUGCUUACUAAGGGCAUCGCUGGCAUUGGGAAAACAGUCUCUGUGCAGAAGUUCAUUCUGGACUGGGCAGAUGGAAAAGCCAAUCAGGACAUUGAUUUCAUCUUCACUCUUCCUUUCCGAGAUCUGAAUCUGAAAAAGGAGAGAGAAUUUAGUCUCAUGGAACUUCUGCAGCAAUACUUUCCACAACUGAAAGAGAUCAAAAGUUUUGAAGAUGAUGAAGUCAAAGUUGUGUUCAUCUUUGAUGGUCUGGAUGAGUGUCGACUUCCUCUAGAUUUCCAAAGCAAUGAGAUUUGCUGUGAUAUAACAGAGUCAUCAUCAUUGGAUGUGCUGCUGACCAACCUCAUUAAGGGGAAUCUGCUUCCCUCUGCCCUCCUCUGGAUCACCUCCCGACCAGCAGCAGCCAAUCAGAUCCCUCCUGAGUGCGUCCACCAGGUGACAGAGGUACGAGGAUUCAAUGACCCACAGAAGGAGGAGUACUUCAGGAAGAGAAUCGGAGAUCGGAACAAGGCUAGCAAAAUAAUCUCACACAUAAAGUCAUCCAGGAGUCUCUACAUCAUGUGUCACAUACCAGUCUUCUGUUGGAUUUCUGCUACUGUUCUGGAGACAAUGUUGGAUAAAGUGAGUGGAGACCUGCCCAAAACUCUGACUGAAAUGUACACACACUUCCUGCUCAUUCAGACUAAUGUGAAGAAUGAGAAGUAUCAUGGCACCAAUGAGACAACCCCAAAGAAAAAGUCAGCAUCAAAUACAAAAAUCAUCCUGAAACUGGGGCGGCUGGCUUUACUACAGCUGGAAAGGGGCAAUCUGAUAUUCUAUGAAGAGGACCUGAGAGAGAUGAGCAUUGAUGUCAGUGAAGCUUCAGUGUACUCUGGGGUGUGCACAGAGAUCUUUAAAGAGGAGUGUGGGUUGGGUGAGGAGAAGGUCUACUGCUUUGUGCAUCUGAGCAUUCAGGAGUAUCUGGCUGCCUUGUUUGUCUUUCAUUCAUGUGUUCAUAAGAACAGAAAUGUACUCAGAGCAACAAAACAAUCAAAACCUCGCAGACGCAGAGUAAAAGUGCAGCUGUCUGAGUUACACAGGACUGCAGUGGAUCUGGCCUUAGAGAGUAAGAAUGGACACCUGGACCUUUUCCUCAGAUUCCUUCUAGGCCUCUCUCUGGACUCCAUUCAGACUCUAUUAGGAGGAAUACUGACAAAGACAAGAAGCAGUUCACAGAGCAUUAAGGGAACAGUCCAGUACAUUAGGACAAAGAUCGAAGAUGAAUCUUCAGCAGAAAGGACCAUAAAUCUUUUCCACUGUCUCAAUGAACUGAAUGACAGCUCUCUAGUGGAGGAAAUCAAGAAUUUCCAGAGAUCAGGAAAACUCUCUAAUGAAAAGCUGGAACCACACCAAUGCUCAGCCCUGGCCUUUAUGUUACUGAUGUCAGAGAUCCUAGAUGAGUUUGACUUGACGACCUACGACACAUCAGCAGCAGGUUAUCAGAGACUGGUACCAGUAGUCAGGCACUGCAGGAAGGCCAUACUGAAUUACUGUGACCUCACAGAGAAGUCCUGUGAAAUUGUGGCCUCAGCUCUUCAGUCAUCAAACUCACCCCUGAGAGAUCUGGACCUCAGCAACAAUAACCUGGGAGAUUCAGGAGUGAAGCUGCUCUGUGCUGGACUGAUGAGUCCAAACUGUAAACUACAGACACUGGGACUGAACUACUGUGACCUCACAGAGAAGUCCUGUGAAAUUGUGGCCUCAGCUCUUCAGUCAUCAAACUCACCCCUGAGAGAUCUGGACCUCAGCAACAAUAACCUGGGAGAUUCAGGAGUGAAGCUGCUCUGUGCUGGACUGAUGAGUCCAAACUGUAAACUACAGACACUGGGACUGAUCGGCUGUGACCUCAGAGAGAAGUCCUAUGAAAUUGUGGCCUCUGCUCUCCAGUCAUCAAACUCACCCCUGAGAGAUCUGGACCUCAGCAACAAUAACCUGGGAGAUUCAGGAGUGAAGCUGCUCUGUGCUGCACUGAUGAGUCCAAACUGUAAACUACAGAGACUAGGACUGAACAGGUGUGACCUCACAGGGAAGUCCUGUGAAAUUGUGGCCUCUGCUCUUCAGUCAUCAAACUCACCCCUGAGAGAUCUGGACCUCAGCUACAAUAACCUGGGAGAUUCAGGAGUGAAGCUGCUCUGUGCUGGACUGAUGAGUCCAAACUGUAAACUACAGACACUGGGACUGAACAGGUGUGACCUCACAGAGAAGUCCUGUGAAAUUGUGGCCUCUGCUCUUCAGUCAUCAAACUCACCCCUGAGAGAUCUGGACCUCAGCUACAAUAACCUGGGAGAUUCAGGAGUGAAGCUGCUCUGUGCUGGACUGAUGAGUCCAGACUGUAAACUACAGACACUGGGACUGAACGGCUGUGACCUCACAGAGAUGUCCUGUGAAAUUGUGGCCUCUGCUCUUCAGUCAUCAAACUCAACCCUGAGAGAUCUGGACCUCAGCUACAAUAAUCUGGGAGAUUCAGGAGUGAAGCUGCUCUGUGCUGCACUGAUGAGUCCAAACUGUAAACUACAGAGACUGGGACUGAACAGCUGUGACCUCACAGAGAAGUCCUGUGAAAUUGUGGCCUCUGCUGUUCAGUCAUCAAACAUACCCCUGAGAGAUCUGGACCUCAGCUACAAUAACCUGGGAGAUUCAGGAGUGAAGCUGCUCUGUGCUGGACUGAUGAGUCCAAACUGUAACCUACAGACACUGGGACUGAACAGGUGUGACCUCACAGAGAAGUCCUGUGAAAUUGUGGCCUCUGCUCUUCAGUCAUCAAACUCACCCCUGAGAGAUCUGGACCUCAGCUACAAUAACCUGGGAGAUUCAGGAGUGAAGCUGCUCUGUGCUGGACUGAUGAGUCCAAACUGUAAACUACAGAGACUGGACCUCAGCCACAAUAACCUGGGAGAUUCAGGAGUGAAGCUGCUCUGUGCUGCACUGAUGAGUCCAAACUGUAAACUACAGACACUGGGACUGAACAGCUGUGGCCUCACAGAGAAGUCCUGUGAAAUUGUGGCCUCUGCUCUCCAGUCAUCAAACUCACCCCUGAGAGAUCUGGACCUCAGCAACAAUAACCUGGAGAUUCAGGAGUGAAGCUGCUCUGUGCUGCACUGAUGAGUCCAGACUGUAAACUACAGACACUGGGACUGAACAGCUGUGGCCUCACAGAGAAGUCCUGUGAAAUUGUGGCCUCUGCUCUCCAGUCAUCAAACUCACCCCUGAGAGAUCUGGACCUCAGCUACAAUAGCCUGGGAGAUUCAGGAGUGAAGCUGCUCUGUGCUGC